GCUUAGUGCGGUCACGUAGGCCAGUCGGCAGACACAAAAAACGCCUAAAAUGUUGUAAUACCCUAUUUUCGUGAGAAUUUUCUGUAAUUAAUCGUGAAAUCAGUUAUCCUCGUUACUUGGGAGACGGUAAACUUUCAUAUUGCAUUCCAUAGGCUAAGAUAUUAAUCCUGGCACGGCAUAUUGAUCAAAUAGUUUUAGGAAUUGAGCUAUCAAGCGGCUUCCAAAGCCUGAGAAAAUACAAAUAUAAAUACUUAUAUAAUUCGACAUCAGUAUAUGCGUACAUACAUACAGACGCAUCAUUAAUUUUCGCUCGUUAUCAUCGGGCAAGACUUACACAAAGUGGGGGGCAUAAUGAAGUGGUCUCCAGGCGCCCUAUUUUGCGAACAGGUUGGAGAGCUGACACGCGUUUUUUCUCAAUGGAAUGAAUGCGAGCAGACAGUUGUUCUCUACGCUUUAUUGCGUCGCAUACCAGCUGUGCAAGCGAGAUUUUUGGCCCAAGCUGUGCAACAUUCGCUCCAUUCUGUUUCCGAGCUAAAUUCGCAAGAGCUCAAUGCAAACAGUCCUGGGUUCAUCAAUUCUUUGCUGUCUGAAACAACAGAGACUGCUAUUAAUCAACUUUUGACUCAUCUUCCGCUGCUGCGUCCCGGAAAUUCAGAGUGCAAGCAGUGUUACUUAGUCGCUAUACCAGAGCUGGUAAGUCACUGUGUCAGCACUGGACAAUACACGGAGCAGACUCAACAGCUCCUGAGUUACACCUUGAUUCAUCCAGCAAUAACAAGUCAAGAUAGGCGGUCGCUAACCCAGUGGUUGAGGCACCUUGAAGAACGUAUCAGUGGCACACCCCCUAUUCACAGCCUCGAAGAAUACACCACGACAACUCCCAGAUGGGAUAACAUUUGGCCACGUACCGCAAAGCAGCACCAGCACCAACAACAGCAACAGCAGAACGAAUCAUCUAACAUAUUUGGUACUCAUCCAACAUCUACGUUCAAUCUACAGUAUCCAUCUCCUGUCGCUAGACAACGUCGCUCAAAUAGUCUUACACCACCAAUUGCUGCUCAUCAUCUAGAUGUGGUUGAUCGUUCGAAUAAUACAACUACCAUGAACAGGCACAAGCCACGCAGUUUCAGCGUGUCUGGCGAACAUGCUGGAAGUUUACUUGGAUUAGGUCCUCUCAGCCCCCAAAGUUCUUGUGCUAGUAGCGGCAGUGAAGGCCGUUUAGACGAAGCAUCUACACGAACAGUGGCCAGUGGUAUGAAAGAUGUAGCUGCUUGGUUGAAAACGUUGAGACUACACAAGUACAGUUACUUAUUUACCACUUUGAGUUAUGAGGAGAUGCUGGAGCUCACUGAGGAACGAUUGGCCGAGCAAGGUGUGACUAAGGGUGCCAGACAUAAGUUGGCACUAUCCAUUGCCAAGUUACAGCAACGCCACCCAACUCUGUUAGCACUGGAACGAGAUUUACUUCAACCAAAUCGGGAGUCUAACCAACAAGCUUCCUUCUCCCACGGGCAAGGCAUAAUUGCUAAUGCAUUGGAUGAAUUGAAAGUUAUUAUAGCCACGCCCAUGAAACCCAGUCAAGAAAAUGAUCCCUCAGAUAUUCCGGCACAGUUCACCAAAGUUAUGGGUAAACUGUGCAGUCGUUUGGCUUUAGAAAGCAUGGAUGAAGGGAUACUGCUAAACUGUGUUACUGUUCUGGAGAAGGUCUUGCAGCACGACUCUUUUACUCCUAAUCAAAAAGAAAAAAUUCAGCAGUGGCGCAAUAGACUUGGAAAUCCCAGACCCACUCCCAAGUGGCAGCAUAACUAUGGCUACAACAGAAGAUAUUGUAACCCUUCGCAGCAUAAUCCGCACAAUAGAAAGCCGAGUCUGAAUUUGGCCCAUGUUAACAAUGGUCAUGCACACGGCAACACGUUUGCAUUGAGUCCACAUAGAAACAGCAUUUCAACUCCGUACCUUCAGAACAAUCAAAAUCAGAGCCUUACUCAGACUCAAAACAGUUUGCAUCCGCUGCAUGUUGCUGAGAAAAGACCUAGCUUACAGGAAACCAGUUUGGAGCAGCUGCAAAAAAGUUUACAACGCACGUACAGCGCUCCAAGAGAUAAUUUUCUGAGCCACUCAAUGAGUCCAUCGGAGACAACAGAUCCUGAAAUAAAUUCGCGCCUUGAAUCUCUCUGCCUGCGAAUGACUGAGCAAGCCAUUGGCGGUUUCGGUGAGGCCUAGUCCGUAAUUAUCAUCAUCGCAAAAGUAGUAAGUCUAUAUUAUGAUUGAUUAUUACUAUAACGUAGUUAAUUAGUAUUACGGUUUAAUCUAUUAACUAAUGAUGCGGUGUCUUACUUUGGUAGCUCAUUUCAUAAAGUAAUAUUGAACUGACUGAUCAAAAUAGUUGCUAGAGUUAAUUAAUAAGCACGCACGAACGGACGCGUACUGGCCCACUCAAAUAUGAUAAUUGUACAAAUGUCCAAAAUUUGUGACAGAAAUUGUUGGAAUCGCAAUUUUUUUUCCUUAAACAGUGAACGGGUUUUCAUCAUUAUUUGUAAAUCAUAUUUUUAUUACACUGUAAUUGUAUUAUUUACGAAUCGACAGAAUUUGGCAAGCCAAAUGCUAUUAGAAAGAUAGAUUCUUUCCCUUACUAUCUAUUUACUGUAAACUAUAUAGACGUAUAUAAUAACGGCAUAUGUGUAUAUAUGUAUGUAUAUAGUACAAAUAUAUGUGCAUACAUAUAUACAUCCAUACGCAUGUUAAUAAUGAAAAUGAAAAAAAAAGAAUUGUAAAAUACAAAAAUCAGCUGUGCGUUAUAUUGCAAUAUUGUUUUGUGUUAUCCAUUUCGGGAAAUGGAAUCUUCUGAUUUUAAGCGCUGAAAAGCAUUAGGCGAUUGCGUGAUGCAAUUCAUUUUAAUCAACGGACUGAUUUUAACUUUUAUUAUUUGUGUUUGUAGAAUUUGAUACUUGAAGCCCUAAUAAUCUGCACCAUAAUGUGCAAGUCCCCAUUUUUUUCAGUCGGACUGUCGGUAGAAUAUUAGCAGCAUUGUGUUAAGUACUGUGUUUUCAACUUCUUGGAAGAAACACACAAUUUUAUAUUAUGUGGGAUGAGACUGUGAAGCUAGAUUGCUGGCAUGUCCAAAGAAUCAUGUCAUUUGCAUCUCGAUGAUAGUGUUUGUCAUAUUUGACGCUUUAGGCUUGAUUUUAUGCUGAAAAUUAAUUGAUGAAUUUUUUUAUAAACUCUUAGAUAAGGACAACAAUUGAAAUUGACAUGUGAAACUUUAUAUAGUGAUGAAUAGUUAGUAGCAAUAUAUGUGACAAAUGCUAUCCAACGAUAAAAGGUUUAGACUAAUAAUCAUUGACUCAAUCUAGAACAUUAAGAAAAUACAUUUUGAAAUACCUGGAAAUUAGGGGAUACACUGCAAUGCAGUCUAGCUUUUAUGCUUAAAAUCUGUCGCUUCUGAUUCUAGUUGUGAGUAUAAAAAGAAUAUUUUUAUUUCUUGUUUUUUAAAUUCAAUAAUCAUCUAAUGAUAAUAAAACAGACGGCGUUUCGCGACGAUAUCUUAGCGAUGUUUUCAUCCAAACAAAAUCUACUAACGCUAUUCUUAAUUAAGUAAAUCGAUGAGUAAAUAAUUAAUUGACUAAUUAGUUGAUUGAAUCAUUCACUAUGAUUAAAAAAAAAAAAAAAAAAAAAAAAACGAAAGACUGACAAUUUCACGCGUUUCGGUAGCUAAGCAUAAAAUGAAAAAAAAAACAAAAAAAAAAAACUUAUAUCCUGACUAAGCGAGACUUCUCUUUCUUUAACGUCCUACGUACGCGUGAAUGAAACAAUUGGAAGACUGCGGAAGGAAAAACCUGUCAAAAUAAUUAAAAGAAUUAGAGAGAAAGGAAGUAAUCUUAUAAUUUAGACUAAUUGAUUGAAACAUUAUAUUCUAUUAUAUAUUAAUCAACGUAAGGUUACGUGGUAAUUGUUGGUACAGCUUUGUUAAUGGAUAAUUAGCACCUAUAUCUGUGCAUGAUUUACGUUUCUAUAACGUCAUUCGUCUGAUAAUGAUUGAUGGGUGGUUUGAAAUCUAAAGUGUAUAACACACUACUGACAUUGACAUUACCUGCAACACGCCUAUCCGUGGGCUGCAUUGAAUGAAUUUUAUAUAUUAGUGGACGAAAACAAGUACAGAAAAAAAUU